AUGACGCUGCAUCAGAACGGAGGCUCGUCAACAUGUGUUGUCGAGCAGCCAAUUGAACUUCAAGAUGUUUCCUCUUACCUGCAAAAACCGCAGGAAGCCAAAGAAGUACCAAGUCUCAGAAUCUCAAAUCGAGCAAGCCAGGAUGACGAUCCAGUUGGGAGCCUACCAUCACCCACCACCCAGGCUGCUGAGAAGCUGGAGCGAUGGAAUCAGUCAAGAACGAAUCUGUGCCGGACCUUUGCUGCUUUCUGGAGUUUCGUCGUUAUGGGGAGUAAUGACGCUGCAUACGGCGCUCUCAUUCCAUACCUGCAAGAAUACUACUCCUUAACCUUCAUCGUCAUCUCUUUAGUCUUUCUCUCGCCCUUGGUCGGCUACACCGCCUCGGCCCUCCUCAACAAUACCAUUCACCUCAAAUUCGGCCAACGCGGCGUCGGCGUCCUUGCCCCCAUCUGCCAUCUGAUUCCCUACAUCGUCAUUGCUGUGCACCCGCCCUACCCUGCCCUCGUCGUCAUCUUCAUGAUCGCUGGAUUUGGCAACGGUCUCGCCGAUGCAGCUUGGAACGCGUGGAUGGGCAACAUGGCGAAUCCCAAUGAAGUCCUAGGAUUUUUGCAUGCAUUCUACGGCCUGGGCGCAGUGCUUGCUCCCUUGAUUGCUACUACGAUGAUCACCAAGGGCCAUCUGCCGUGGUACACGUUCUACUACGUGAUGAUCAGCAUGGCGUUUCUGGAGCUGUGUACUUCGGCUACGGCGUUCUGGAAAGCGGAUGGUGCGGCGUUCAGGGCUGCGAAUCCGAGAACGGGGAAUGGCAAAGACAAUCGCAUGAAAGAGGCCGUUGUGAGGCUUCCGUACGCCAGGGUGACUUGGCUGUGCGCGAUUUUUUUCCUGGGGUAUGUGGGCAUUGAGGUUGCGCUUGGAGGCUGGAUUGUCAAGUUCAUGCUUGAAAUACGGAAGGGCGGGGACUUCGCGAGCGGUAUGACAGCUACCGGUUUUUGGAUGGGAAUUACUGUUGGAAGACUGGUGUUGGGGUUUGUCACACCAAGAAUAGGGGAGAAGCUGGCUAUUGCAAUCUACCUACCCAUCACCAUGGCACUCGAGCUCAUCUUCUGGCUCGUGCCGCAGUUCUACGUCUCAGCUGUGGCCGUCGCCUUGCAAGGCUUUUUUCUCGGGCCACUGUUUCCCGCAGCUGUCGUUGCUGCGACGAAGCUGCUCCCUCGACACUUGCAUGUCAGUGCAAUUGGGUUUGCGGCCGCAAUUGGUGGGUCAGGAGCUGCCAUCUUCCCCUUCGCGGUCGGUGCGAUUGCGCAGGCCAAAGGUGUGCAGGUCUUGCAGCCCAUUAUUUUGGCGCUUUUGGGUGCGAUUCUGGGGGUGUGGCUCUGUCUGCCUAAAUUUCAUAAGAAGCAGGAGUAG